CAACUAGGCUUUAAAUCACCAGACUUUGUUGAAAAUGAUAUUGCAUAUUAAUAUUGAAAUAAAGUGUUGUCUUCAGAAUUGUGAUCAUCUUCCAGGGUUCAACAGGCAUUAUUAUUAACCCCAGAUCAAGAUACCAAUACCAGUCGAAGUCAUGGUGGUGGAGGUAGGCGAGCAUGAGCAGGCGAUGGAUUCUGGUGCUGCACAUUCUGAAGACGCAUCUUCAGACAUGGAGGAAGUUGAAGACGUCGCCACCUCUGCACCAGCAGAAGGCAAUGAGGGUUGGGCGGACGUCAUGUCCCGGCUCCUAAGUGCACCAGCGCCGAAAAAGAAGUAUGUCAUCCUCUCAAAGGCCAAAAAAGCGUUACCAAAGGAUGAUGCAGAGGACGAACCAGAAGAGGAAGCCUCCGAUCCGGGCUUCGAUGUAGAAGGCGCGGAGGCAGCGCCGAUUGAGAAGAAGAAGCGAAAGACUGCCAGGUCGCAUGCGGCGAAACGUAAAGAAUUGGUUGAAAAGCGGAAAAAGCUCAGAGAAUGGGAAAUGAUGGGACGAAAGAAGCCAGACAUUCGAGAAAAAGAUCGAGAAAGAACCUUGUGCAAAAUAGCAACACGGUAAGUAAGCAAUAGCACUGCGCUCU